AAGUACGCGGCAAAUGGCGGAGACGCUGAGGCGAGUGCUAAACUUGGGAAGCGCGGCGGGCCCCGGAAAGAACACAGCUGAGGCCGAACCGCCUUUGCUGCUGCUCGGCGGUCCAGGCUCUGGAAAGACAGCGCUGCUAUUCGCGGCGGCCCUGGAGGCGGCAGGGGAAGGCCGAGGCCCGGUCCUCUUCCUGACCCGGAGGCCCCUUCAAAGCCUGCCCCGCAGGACUGGACCGGCGCUCGAACCGCUGCGAUUACAAAAGAUCCGCUUCCAGUACCCACCCUCAACCCGUGAGCUCCUCCGGCUUCUGUGCUCUGCCCAUGAGGCCCGUGGACCAGCCCCCUCACUCUUGCUGCUUGAUGGCCUGGAGGAGUACCUAAUAGAAGACCCUGGGUCCCAGGAAGCCGCCUACCUGGCUGCCCUGCUUCUGGACACAGCUGUCCACUUCAGCCACCGGGCUGGGCCUGGCCGGGGCUGUGGGCUCAUUGUGGCCCUCCAGACCCAGGAGGAAGGAGACAGUGGAAAUGCUCUUCAGCUGGCACUCCUUCAGAGGUAUUUCCCUGCCCAGUGCUGGCUGCAGCCGGAUGCAUCAGGCCCAGGACAGUGCUGCCUCCGAGCCUCUCUGGAGCCAGGUGGGCUGGGCCCCAGGGAAGAAUGGGGGGUGACUUUUCAACCAGAUGGAGAGAUGACAAUCACCCCAUGGCCCACCCAGGCAGGUGACACCAGCUCGCACAAAGGUUCAAGGUCUGGAGGCCAACCGUGAGCUUUGACAACUUCUCUAUGCCUGUUUCCCUGUCUGGAACACCUACCUCAGUUCAGUUCAGUUCAGUCGCUCAGUCGUGUCCGACUCUUUGCGACCCCAUGAACUGCAGCACACCAGGCCUCCUUGUCCAUCACCAGCUGCGGGAGUUUACCCAAGACAGAUGCAAAUUCAAAGACCUUAAGACUGUAAAGUGCUUUUUCUCUCGUAAACAUACCAUUAUCCUGUACAUAUUGUGCCCCGCCAACAUAUUGUUUUUCUGUUUUGAAUUUUAUAAAGAAGAAUUUCAUGAUAAA